AUGGAACUCUCUGAUGCUCUGUGUGGCUGUCCGUCCUCUGGUUCCACCCCCCAGGGAAGCAACAGUAUCUGGCCCAGUCAACAGCAACCAGGGGGUCCUGUCUGGCCGACACAGCCCAGCCAACAGCACACCCAACCCCAGUCCCCAUCCUGCUGGUCUGAGCAGCCCAGCAUCCCCUGCUGGCCUGGUCCUCAACCAUCCCAACCAUCCCCAGCUCCAGCCCAAAACUGGCCUGGUCUCCAACCACAACCACUCCAACCAGCCCCAGCCCAUCCCUGCCAGCCAUGCUGGCCUGGACCCCAGUACCAGGCCCAGGCUCUCCAGCCCCAGCCUGCACCCCAGUCUUCUCAAUCUCCAGAUCCAGCCCCCGCCCCUGCCCCGGGUUCUUCUGAAGUCCUCGACCAGUCUAGUGCCCUUAACCCAGGGUCUGGAUGGCCGUUCUGCCCGGGUCAGUCUGGUUGGCCUGGUCAAAACCCAGGCCUUAACCCUGGCCUUAACCGAGGUGGGUCUGGAUGGCCUUUCAGUCCUGGUCAGGACCCAGGUGGCUUCAAACCUGCUCCACAGUGGAACUCGACACCAACUCAACAUCUGAAUGUGCCCUACAAGCUGAACCUACAAAGAGGCCUCUACGACAAGAUGAUGCUCACCAUCAUGGGCCAGAUCAAACCAAACGCUAAGCAGUUCACGGUGAACUUCCUGCGAGGUAACGACAUCGCCUUCCACCUCAACACUCGGUUCAAUGAGGGGGGCAAGCAGGCAGUGGUGAGGAACCACAAGGUGGGAGAGCGUUGGGGGAAGGAGGAGAGGCACACACAGGGAGGCUUCCCCUUCAUGGCCGGUCAGUCGUUCGAGAUGAAGAUUCUGAUUAUGUUUGAGGAGUAUAAGGUGGCUGUAAACGGAGCUCAGGUGUUUGAGUUUAAACACUGUGUCAGAGAAUUCAACCAGAUCGAUCGCAUCAACAUCCUCCAUGAUGUCAUCCUCACCUCUGUCAACAUAGACACGAUACCAUGACAACCACACACAUGACAUCCUUAUAUACAUUAAACAACAACCAUCAUAGGCUACAUACAUAGAAGUAACUCUUUGGACCUAUUUUAUGAUGAUGCUGAUGGAGAUAAAGAUGAUGAUGAUGAGCUGCGCUCUUUCUCUGGUAAACACAUAAUACUGCAUUAAUUCCCACUUACUAAAAUAACCACCCCAUGUGCAAAUCCGUGUGGUCUUAGCAUGCACGUAGGACAAAAAAUGAAGCAAUGUUCUUUAAUGUAACACAUUGCUUUCAUCAGAAGAGAGAAGGUUGCAAUUUUAUUUUUUUAUUUUUUUUACG